AUGAACUUAAUGAUCAGGUUGCAGUAAAAACCUAUUAAAGCGAGGGGACAAAGUGAAACUGCACACCUGAGAGGAUCUGCAGUUAGCAUGAGACACACAGAGGAGAUCUUCCUCCUGCUCCAGAGCUUUACUCUGCUGCUUCAGCAUUCCGUCGGAUCCGAGUUCAGGAAUGUGAGAUACAGAAGUAGUUACUUACAGGAGAACAAAAGAACUGCGAUGGACACAAUAAUGGAAAUCAAUGAGUAUGAAGCGGUGGAGGUGAAGGAUGGAGUGAAGCUCAGAGAGGGAGAUAUCGCCGUGUCCAGCAGGACCGAGAGGAGCUGCUUCGCUCGGACAUGUUUAUGGUCCAGAUCUGUGGAUGGACAUGUUUACAUUGCAUACACACUCUCACCUGAGUACACUGAAGUGGAUCAGAGGACUAUAAAGCAGGGGAUGGCUCUGAUAGAGAGAGACACGUGUGUGCGCUUCGUACCCAGAACACACCAGAGAGACUUCCUGGACAUUCAGCCCAAAACUGGGUGUUGGUCAUACCUGGGGUCAAGUGGAGGCAGACAGACACUCUCCUUACAGACUCCAGAGUGUGUGAGCUCAGGUGUUGUGUCUCAUCAGCUCAUGCAUGUGCUUGGAUUUGUACAUGAACAGUCACGUGCUGACCGUGAUAAAUACAUCACCAUCAUGUGGUCCAAAAUUCAGAAAGAUCGUGUGAGGAACUUUGAGAAGUUUAAGAUGAAUGACGUGGAUCUGCCUUAUGACUACGGCUCCAUCAUGCACUUUGGAAAGUACACCUACUCCGAGGAUGGAGAUCCUACCAUUGUCCCAAAACGAAGCUGGAACAUUAAACUGGGACAGCGAUUUGGUCCAAGUCAACUUGAUAUCAUGAAAAUCAAUAAACUCUACAAAUGUGAUCAGUAA